AUGCGCGCAACAAUCCACCUGAUCCGCCACGCCGAAGGCGAACACAACCUCCCCACCGCACCUUCCAAUCUAACCGACCCCCUCCUAACACCAAACGGCCGGUCUCAAUGCCUCUCACUCAAAUCCAGCGCAUCAAAGAUCCAUCCACGAAUCUCACUCAUCACCGCAUCCCCAAUGACCCGAACUCUCCAAACCGCCUUCUUAGCAUUCGAACCCGCCCUGCGCAACGGGCACUGCAAGCCCAAGAUCCUCGCGCUGCCUGACGCGCAAGAAGUAUGCGAUUAUCCCUUCAACACGGGUUCGGAUCUCUCAACUUUACAAGAAAGAGUGUCCGCGCAGAGUUUAAAUAUCCCUGUUGAUUUAACCCGUGUCAACUCGGGCUGGAACACCAAGGCCUCAGACUCACGGUACUUUCCUUCGCGAGCGGCGCUGAAAGCUCGAGCACGGGAUUGUCGAAGACAACUAUUCGAUCUAGCCCAUUCCUUGCACGAGAACGAGGGGGUUGAAGAUCUAGAGAUCGUUCUAGUAGCGCACGUGAGCAUUUUACAUUUUCUGACGCAGGACUGGGAAGACGCGGGGCUGUUUAAUGGGGGUGGGUGGAGGAAUGCGGAAAUGCGGUCUUAUUAUCUUCAGGUUGACGAGGGGGAUGUUUCGCUGGUUGAGACGGCUGAGUCGAGACGGGGGAGGGGGAAGGAGGCAGUGGCUUUUGAAGCGGAUGAGCAGGAACGGUUGUUUGAGAGGGCUAUGGUUGAGUGGGAGGGCCAGGGACUUCAUGCUAUUCCUUGA